AUGCACCUCGUCCUCCCUGACGACUUUUCGACCGCCGCGCGUCUCCGCCGCCUCUCCGACCUGCUUGUUCAACAGCAGGUUGAGGACCUCGAGGCCAUGAACAUUGUCCAGUCGGUCGCACUCGCCGAGCACCUUGGCGACCCGACCCUUCUCUCGAACCGCGUCGUCAGCCUCGUCGGAGACGUUGUUCUGCCAUCCGAGGAGCCCAAGCGAGUCUUUAAUGAGGCGGAGCUCACCCCCGACCGCCCCGGCUCUUUCUUCAUCCGUGAGGACGCGCCUGCUCUCGGUCAAGGCGGCCAGGCGGCAGUUUGGCCCGGCCUUGCAGUUGUUGACAGCCAGGUGAUCCCGGCCGCAAUCAAGGUCAUUCCGCGGAUCAGCCCAAGGGGGUUCGACGAGGAGCUGUGCGGGAUGCCUAUCUGCCCUUCGGAGCGGUACGACACCGCGUGGGGCACCGAGAUUGGUAUCUCCGAGGCCGUCCACAACCCCAACGUCAUCAAGCCCAUCUCCUACGAUGGCGUGUCGGACGAAAACUGCCGCUUCAUCUCGUUCCCACUCGCACAAGGCGGCUCGCUGUUCGAGCACUGCGGCCGCAUCGCGCUGGACGAUGUGUUCGACAUUGGCUGGAGAAUCGCAGAUGGGCUCCGGGCGCUCCACACGGCGGGCAUCAUUCACCGCGACAUCAAGCCUGGAAACAUCUUCCUGUUCGGACACGCCGACACUGGCUUCCGCGCGACCGUUGGCGACCUCGGCCUCGCUGUCCGCGCAGACGCGGAUGUCGACAUUUACGCCCUCGGAGCCACAGUCUACGAGGCCGUAGUUGGUCACGCUCUCUUCCAACCAGAGAACCCCUACGCCGAGAGCCCAUUCGACCACCAAUCGUUCCAAGGCGCUGUCGGACAGCUCCUCGAGAGGACGAUCCGCAGCAUGCUCAGCACCAGGCCAGAGUACCGCCCGACCGCCGCCCAUGUCAAGGAGCUCUUUGAAGCCCUUGAGGAUGCCUUCAUCGAGUCCGAAGAGGCAACGUCCGCCGGCACCAUUCCUAUCGUCUCGUCGGUCUCGUCGCCACACUCGUCCAGCUCUUUCGAGGAUGACCCCGUGCACCCACUCCAUCUCUUUGAGAGCCUUCCGGCCGAGCUUUUGGUCCAGAUCCACCACGAGGCUGGCAACGUUCGCUUCCCCGAAACGUCUCUGUUCAUCCGCGAUACACUCCGCGCCGCCUCGUCUACCUUGUCCAAGGCCCGUUUCUUCAUGUUCCGGUACCGCCAGAAUCCGCCAUUGGCCAUGCGCCCGCUUUCCCCGGGGAUGGACUACGAGACCCACCGGAGGGAGAGCAUAAAGGAACACUUUCGCAGAAACCCUACUCUCAAGAUGAACCUUCGCCACGUGCUGAGCCGCGCACUCGACCAUCCCGUCGUCACCCUCAAGGUUGCGAAGGCAAUCAUUUCCGAGUGUCAACGUCUAGGCAUCCGGGUGUGGGCCGAAUUCCAUUACCAGAUCGGCAGGCACCCUGUCCCGAAUCGCUUUGCUGGCCCCAUCCUUAGGCCGGAUCGCGAGCUCCUCCUCUACCUGCUGGAUGGGCAUGCUACCAUCAGCGCUUGUUAUCGCCUCCUCCCAUCAGCUGUCGAGCGAAACGACAUCCCACUGGCGGCGCUCUUGAUCAAGCUUGGCUCACCGGCGAACGACGAGGUUGUGGUGGACGCAAUCAGCCGCAACUACUCGACCAUGCCCAUGCGCAAGAACCGCGAGUUCGAGCUGGGCUUUUCCGACGAGGUGCUGGCCGCCAGCAAAGAGCACCAGUGCGAGUACGAGUACCUCAGCCGCAUUCAUGCCAUGGAGAGCAGCAUGUACCGCUUCGACCUCCGCGAGUUCUACGACGACGAGGGCAAACUCUUGAACGAGUCCGACGAUGAGAACUCGGAGGCGACCAACUAG